GCGCCUUCUCGUGUGUGUGUGUGUGUGUGUGAGAGAGAGAGAGAGAGAGAGAGAGAGAGAGAUUCCAUUCUUCUCUCGCAACCCUUAAAAUCCAACAAAUAUUAAUACUAAAAUAAUUAGCAUAAAUUGGAGCAAACAAAGCUAUCUCCUUCAUUUCUGUUGAACAUACACGAGCGCAUCCUUAUCGAUCUAUUGAUUUCUUUCACUCACAGGGUUUGUAAUGUUAAUGGCGAAAUCCAAGAAACCGGAGCGAAAAUCCGAUUCCCACCACCACGGAAUCAGCCUGCGUAAGCUAUCGUCUCGUUGCAUGAAGUCCUGUAAAGAUGCCCACCACGACAAGAAAAUAGUCGAAGCAGCGUCGGAGAAGAAAGAGUGGGAAGAUGCACUAUGCUCCGUAUGCAUGGAGUUCCCCCACAACGCAGUCCUCUUGCUCUGUUCCUCUUACGAAAAGGGAUGCCGCCCUUACAUGUGUGCCACUAGCCGUAAAUAUUCCAACUGCCUCGUCCAAUACAGGAAGGCCUACACUAAUAACGUUGUCUCGAAAAACGAAAAUUUCGAUUCCUCGAACGAAUCAAAUUGGGCAGAGGGAAAGGAUACCGAAGCAUCGUCUCAACUCCUUCCAUGCCCGCUUUGCCGGGGCCCGGUCAAGGGGUGGACUGUGGUGGAACCCGCUAGGAGAUACCUCAAUGCGAAGAAACGGGCGUGCACGCAGGAUAAUUGCUCGUUUGUCGGGAAGUAUAAAAAUCUCAAGAAGCACGUGAAACUGGAGCACCCGUUUGCCCGCCCGCGAGAGGUGGACCCUACCCACGUGGAGAAGUGGAAGAAGCUCGAGAAUGAAAGGGACUUGAGCGAUGUGUAUAGCACGAUUAGGUCUACUAUGCCCGGCGCGAUUGUCGUGGGGGAUUAUGUGAUAGAUAGGAGCUACCGUGGGGUUGCGAGGGGUUACGAUGACUAUUUUCUUGAUGAUGACGAAGACGAUGAUGUCAUCGGGUAUGGUGGUCGUGAUAGGUGGAAUGGGCGUAUAUUUGGUCGUGGUGGUUUUGGUGUGGAUUAUGAUUCUUUUGAUGAUAAUGAGGGGGAUUUCGCGAGGCUGAGGGCUCGAACUGGGGUUGCUUCUAGAAGAUUGGGGAAUAUUCCUUCUUCACAAGGCGGCGGCUCGAGGCCCCGUGCCAGAUUGUUGGUUGCUAGAAGGGCCGCAAGGCUCAGAGGGGGGCGGUGAUUUUUUUUUUGUGGGCCCUAUAUUGCUAUGAAAUGAAGGUAGGUGAAUCGGGGAUUGACAAUUUAGGAUCGUAAUUUAUGUUUAUGUAUGAACUGUUUUAAAGUAUUUUGGGGGCUGAGAAGAGUUAUUUAUUGUCUCAGUUGAUUGUUGGCUUAUUCUCUUUUGUACAGAGCUGCUUUUCUUGAAACUAUGAUGUCUAGGGAUUGAGUUGUUUAAAGUUCUGUCCGAUUUUUGUCGAUGCUUUGUCGUUGUUCGGAAAUCGUAGACGAAAGAAACUGCAUUGGCAUUGUUGGUCUUUGAUGUAUGAGUUUUAGUUUGUGCUU